CGCCGGCUCGCUCAUUCACUCUGCCGUCCGCAAAAAGUCUCCUCUCCGGUCCGUGCAGCACCUAAAAAGUCACCUGGACCGCGUGACCGUGGGACGCGCGCGUUACCCUCUCAGCCGGGGAUCCAAAGGUGUGGAUUUUUUUUUUUCUUUUUUUUUUUUUUUUUCUUCAUAAAGACGCAUUUCCAAGGUUGAAAACGGGGCGACAUGGCAGAUCCCGACCCGGAGCCCGUGACGUCAAGAGCGGGGCACCGCCUCGGGGCCCCGGAGACUCUUGGCAUCAGUACGCUGGACCCGGCACACAGGCCUCCGGUCAUGCCUGCCGGAAGACAUGUCACCAUCAGGGUCCAUAUGUUGGAUGACACUGAGGAGCUCUUUGACGUCUCUGUCAAAGCUUCCGGCAAGGUACUAUUCGACCUGGUGUGUACCCACAUGAAUCUCAUAGAGGGCGAUUACUUUGGUCUGGAGUUUCAGAACCAUCAAAAAAUGACGGUUUGGCUGGAUCCUAUCAAGCCUAUUAUCAAGCAGCUGAGACGACCGAAGCACACGACAUUGAGGUUUGCUGUGAAAUAUUUUCCUCCAGACCAUGCCCAGCUGCUUGAGGAGCUGACUCGGUACCUGUUUGCCCUCCAAAUUAAAAAUGAUAUUUCCAGCGGGCGCCUGACUUGCAAUGACACCAGUGCUGCGCUGAUGGUCUCUCACAUUAUGCAGUCUGAGAUUGGUGACUUUGAGGAAAGCCAGUGCCGGUCACACCUCCUCAAUAAUAAGUACAUCCCUGAUCAGAUGCCCUUGAUCGACAAGAUCAUGGAGUUCCACUCAAUGAAUGUUGGUCAGACACCGGCCGAAUCUGACUUCCAGUUGCUGGAAGUGGCACGCCGCCUGGAAAUGUACGGGGUUCGUCUCCACCCAGCCAAGGAUCGUGAGGGCUCGCGGCUAAGCCUUGCUGUGGCACACACAGGCGUCCUGGUCUUUCAGGGACACACGAAGAUUAACUCCUUCAAUUGGUCGAAAGUGCGUAAACUGAGCUUCAAGAGGAAACGUUUCCUUAUUAAGCUCAGGGCUGAUGGGAAUAGUUCAUAUCAAGACACUCUGGAGUUCCUGAUGGCCAACCGAGACUGUUGUAAAGUCUUUUGGAAGAUCUGUGUAGAAUACCACGCCUUCUUCCGGCUCUUUGAGGAACCCAAACCCAAGCCCAAACCUGUGCUAUUCACACGAGGCUCCUCUUUCAGAUUCAGCGGCCGCACGCAGAAGCAGGUGAUUGAUUUUGUGAGGGAUUCCGAAUUUAAAAAGCUUCCGUUCGAAAGGAAACACAGUCGAGUCCAACACAACAGCCGCCUGUCGCCUUUGCCUUCUCCACACUACCAAAAAGUGCCAAAAGAAAGUGGUGCUCUCGGAGACCGAGUUGACGCUCCUUCGCAGCACCAAUGGAAGGAGUCGGCGCUAGUGAGCUCACAGGGAACGCCCCAAGCUCCGGUGAGCCCAGCUCACCAGAACAAUGGUCACGAAGACAGAUCGCCGCCUGGAAACGCUGAGACCAGAGGGUGGAGUCGGCCGGCUCACCUCGACCAGCUGGCAACAGCAGGAGCACUGACAAACAGUCCCUAUAUGUCUACGUCAUCCGCGCACUCACACGGUCUGCUUAAUGGCCAGACGUCUCUGGAGGUGGGCAGUCACAGUCCGGACGUUCGGCAGCCUUCGCCUCUCACCAGCCCCCUCCUCAAUGACGCAUGCAGCAUUCGCACCGAUGAUGAAGACGAGGUGCGCCGGAAGAGGUUCCCAACAGACAGGGCCUAUUUCAUCGCCAAGGAGUUGCUGACUACAGAGAGGACAUACGUCAAAGACCUGGAGGUGGUGACCGUGUCUUUCCAGAACAUCAUUGGACAGGAAGAAGAUGCCCCAGAGUCUCUCAAGAAGACCAUUUUUUCCACGCUUGAGCCGCUGCACAAGUUUCACACGGGUUUUCUCAGGGAGGUGGAGCAGAGGCUGGCUUUGUGGGAAGGGCGUUCAAAUGCUCACAUUAAAGGAGACUACCAGCGCAUUGGAGAUGUCAUGCUGAAGAACUUGCAAGAUUUGAAGCCUUUAACAACCAACCUGCAUAAGCAGAGCGACAUCUUGAUUGAGCUAGAGAAGGCGUGCAGGGCAUCACGCAGAUUAGAAGGCCUCUGCCGGGAGUUUGAAUUGCAGAAGGUGUGCUACGUGCCCCUCAACGUCUUCAUCCUGCGACCUCUGCAUCGCCUCGUGCACUACAAGCAUAUUCUGGAGCGUCUGUGCAAACACUACCCAGCGACGCAUGUGGACUUCAGGGACUGCAGAGCUGCUCUGGCAGACGUCUCCGAGGUGGUGGAGCAACUCCAGGCCAGUAUUGUGAAGAUGGAGAAUUUUCAGAAGCUGUUGGAGCUGAAGAAGGAUCUGAUUGGUGUGGACAAUCUGGUUGUUCCUGGUCGGGAGUUCAUCAGGUUUGGUUGCCUUAGCAAACUCUCUGGAAAAGGCCUUCAGCAACGAAUGUUUUUCUUGUUCAACGAUGUCAUUUUGUACAGCAGUCGAGGGAUGACGGCGACCAAUCAGUUCAAAAUUCACGGACAGCUACCCCUUCAUGGCAUGACAAUCAGAGAGAGUGAAGAUGAGUGGGGUGUUCCUCACGCCUUCACUUUGGUCAGCCAGCGGCAGUCAGUAGUAGUAGCAGCCAGUUCUUUGUCAGAAAUGGAAAAGUGGAUGGAGGACAUUGACAUGGCUGUCGAACUGUCAAAAAACAAUAACGGGCCUUCAUCUGACGUAAUGAGCUGCACGUUGACUGACAGCACUUCCGUUCCUUCCAACGCGUCCCCUCGUCCUACUCGACUGUCUCGCAGUAACAUCCUCCCGACUUUCCCAGAAUGCCCCGAUGAAUUCUCAGCAGAGGGGGAGUCUGAAGACGACACGACUGCGUCGCACAUCUCCUUGGAAAGGGCCGCCCCUCACCGUGGUAACACCAUGGUGCACGUGUGCUGGCACAGGAACACCAGUGUGGCCAUGGUGGAUUUUAGCAUAGCUGUGGAGAACCAGCUAUCGGGAAAUCUACUACGGAAGUUCAAGAAUAGCAAUGGCUGGCAGAAGCUUUGGGUGGUCUUCACCAACUUCAGUCUGUUUUUCUACAAGUCCCACCAGGAUGAUUACCCUCUGGCCAGCCUUCCUCUGCUGGGCUACUCUGUCACCAUUCCCUCAGAGUCAGAGAACAUCCACAAGGACUAUGUUUUCAAACUGCAUUUCAAGUCCCAUGUCUACUACUUCCGGUCAGAGAGUGAAUACACCUUUGAAAGGUGGAUGGAGGUGAUCCGCAGUGCAACAGCUCCAUACAGUCGCGCACGGGUGCAGAACAACAAGGAGUCACACGCACAUUGAGUCGGACUCUCCUGUUCUCUCCUCACACAUGCUGGAUAUUAGUCCGCGUGUCCAUGCACAUGUUGGUGCUUUUUUUUUUUUUUUUUUUACUGUUCUAAUGGUGACAUGUCCGCUGGUUUCGACUGCAUCAGAGGCUGCGUUUCUUCUUCUGUCAUUUUUACAACUCAACUCUGAAACCUUUAUACAAGAUGUCAUUUUAUACUGUUUUCUAAUAAUCGCACCUACUGUACUUCCUAUUCCUCAAUGUGUCCCCCGCCCCUUCCGCUUCAAGUAGAAACAUGUCUGUAUACUCUAUUUGAUGGCUUUUUGUUAUUCACUUUGCAGGAAAUUUCACAUGUGGUGCCAAACAAUUAUAAUGGUGCCAAACAAACUCAUGGACUUUCUAUUUUUUUUUUCUUCUUAAACUUUAGAAGAAUGUUUCCUUUACGGUACACCAUGAAAUUCAAGUCAAUUUUAAACAGUCCACCCUUUAAAACGCCAUGCUGUGCACCUGGCCUGGUUUGUUUUACUAUUAAAAAGAAUGAUUACACUGUAAAAUAAUGUGUUGUAAUUUCAAAAAACUGGCAACCAGAGGCUUGCGUAACAGUAGUGAGCCAAAGAAGCAACUGUCAGUAAUAGUGCUUUUUAAAAACAAAAUUGUUACGUUUCCUUUUUACUUUCAUUUUCAGUCAAAUGAUCUCAACCAUUGCAAAGUGUUACAAAGCUAUGUAAUAGAAAGCUCCAAAUAUGAUGAUGAUAACUGAAUAGAAACGUUCAAUUAAGAUUGUCUCUGCUUCUUAUUUAACCAGAUGGUCUCUGACCUUUGAAGAUCAGAUCAUUUUAUGAGUCCAAAUAUCUUUAAAUGGGCUUGGCGAUGUUUUGUGUUAAAAUAUGAAAUGCAAACGUUCUGUUCUGCAUAGGUUUGAUGCAAACAGUGCCUUAUAAAUAUAAGU